UACUAUGCAGUUGCAAGCUGUGUGAUUUAUUACUGCUGGUGCUUUUUUUCCCCCUCUCCUUGAAAGUCUCUGGGAGUCCACCUGCCCAACAGUCUCCUAGAAUGUUUACUGUGCAGGUAAUGGAAAAAAAAGUUGUAAGCUGAUUUUAAAAGUUAUUCUGCUUCAAAUCUCCUUCUGCAAAUAUUAGUUCAUGCAAUGGCUGUGGUACCAUCUAAUAGAUUAUUGCUCAUUCCGCCUGUAUGAAAGUGUGUGUCCAAAUAUUCAUGACUGAAUAAUUUCAUGCAUAGAUAAUCUUAGUUCAUAUCAAAGAAUUAGAAUGAACUGUGAGAAGUGUUCCAGAACAAAAUGUUUUUAUGGAAAGAAUAGGACUGUAUUUUUCAGAUCAGUUUGUGAGACAUGGCUGGAACAGCUGCUAAUCCUGGACCUGUGGGUCCUGUUGCAGCCCUGUUCAUCUUUACCCUUGUGGUGGACCUUUGAAACCUGAAUGGACCCAGGCAGGAAACAUUCAGAGAAGUUCAAUGGGGGAAAAAUAAACCAGAAGUUUCUGUGGAUUACAAGGCUGGUCCUUCAGAUAAAAAUCCAGCUAUCUUCUGUUUCAAUUCUUCUCUACUACGUUCUGUCACACUGGCUGUCAGGAAAGCCAAUGAAGUGAUAAGAUUUUCACUGUGCACUAAGCAGGUAAAGGUGCUGCCUUUCAGUGCUUUGCUGCUUUGUCUAUCACUGAUGAUGGCAACAAGUUCACUUACCACAGAUAAACCUGAAGAGAAAAUGUAUUCAUGUCCCAUCAUUCAGUGUAGUGCUCCUGCAGUCAACGGAUUACCAGGCAGAGAUGGAAGAGAUGGUCCCAAAGGUGAAAAGGGAGACCCAGGGGAAGGAUUGAGAGGUCUGCAGGGUUUGCCUGGAAAAGCAGGACCUCCAGGAUUAAAAGGAGAGGUGGGACCACAAGGAGAAAAAGGUCAAAAAGGAGAACGUGGAAUUGUUGUAACUGAUGACCUGCAACGACAAAUAACUGCUUUGAAAGCGAAAAUACGGGUAUUGGAAGAUGAUUUAAACAGGUACAAAAAAGCCAUGAUUUUAAAGGACGUCGUGAAUGUUGCUAAAAAAAUGUUUGUCUCAACUGGAAAGAAAGAUAAUUUUGAAAAGGGAAAAUCCCUUUGUGCAAAAGCUGGAGGUGUGCUUGCCUCUCCAAGGAAUGAGGCUGAGAAUACAGCUUUAAAAGACUUAGUUAGCCCUUCAACACAAGCUUAUAUUGGGAUAUCUGAUGCACAAACUGAGGGCAGAUUCAUGUACGUGAGUGGUGGGCCUUUAACUUACAGCAACUGGAAACCCGGAGAACCAAAUAAUAUGAAAAAUGAAGACUGUGCAGUGAUAGAAGGCUCUGGAAAAUGGAAUGAUUUAGACUGUUCAAAUUCAAAUAUCUUCAUUAUUUGUGAAUUGUGAACAGCUAAUAAACAGAAGGAAAUCAAUCCAACUUUCUUCUCUCAGUUAUGUGGUUUUGUAGAAGUCUGUUACUAUAUUGCUGAAUAGAAUAAUCAGAACCAGAUUGUAUUUACAUUGGUUUUCCCUUUGACAUCCAGUUUUGAAUCUCCUAAUGAAACAGACCUAUUUGUUCACUCGUGAAUUGUUUAGCACGUGAUAUGCUGAGGACGUUACGUUUAUGCUGUAGGCUUCAGAAAGGUUUAACUCCAUGUCAGCUCUAGUAUAAUGCCCUGGACUCGGUGCCUACUAACAUUUGAAAUGUAUUUUCCAUUUCAUGUCCUAGCACAAUCUGGCUUCGUAUCUUUAUCUGCAUUUUAUGAAUUGCUGAACUUAAAAUGUGAACUAAAAUAAAUUUUGAACAUUUAAACCAUGCAUCUCAUUUGAAAACAUGGAAAUGUUUGGUUAAGAGAGCAUUUUGAAUCUAGUUUAUGGAAUAUAAUGAGCUAUUUUUAUACAAAUUACUAUUAUUAGGUGAUUAAGCUAAUAAAUGGUAUUUCUGCUCCAUUGCACUCAUAAAUUCCAAGA